AUGGAAAACGACAAGGGAGAACUCGUUGAUCUUUACGUUCCACGUAAGUGCAGCGCCACCAACCGUAUCAUCAAGGCCAAGGACCACGGAUCCGUCCAAAUCUCCAUCGCAAAGGUUGACGAGAACGGACGCGCUACUGGCGAGAACCAAGUUUACGCCCUUUGCGGUUUCAUCAGAGCUAUGGGAGAGUCCGAUGAUUCUUUGAACCGAUUGGCUCAACGUGAUGGUUUGUUGAAGAACGUCUGGAGCGGUCAAUCCCAAAGAUAA